CUCCGCUGCCGUACGACGAGGGCGAAAACCUGCUGAGGGACGCUCCGCUGCUGCCCUGGCUGGAGCCGAAGGCCUUGCCGCUGGCAGUACAGGUGACGGCGACGGCCGAGGGCCGUCACGGGGUGACCGAUCGCUGCCUUGACGCUGACCGUUGCCAGGAUGCUCGAAGGGACGCCGCUGCCCAGGGGGCCCGCUGCCCGCAGGGCGGAACGGGCGGCGUUCCUCAAAGCGAGGCCUCGCCGGCUGCUGGCUGCCAGGCGCGUUGUCUCGUCCCGCUGGCUGGAAGUUGGAAUCGCUGUCCCGCAGCACCUGUCGCUCCAGGCCCUCGCUGACGUAAAUGGCAUCCUUGAUGGCCUGGUCCAGCGUUGACGGCCGCAGCAAAUACACCUUGCUGUGGAUACGUACAGCGAGCCCUUGGAGGAAGUUAUACAUGUGGAUAGGGUCGGCGUUGAG